CUUGAACAGUGUUGCUAAUCUAUAGAAAUCAAAAUAUCAUUUAGGGAAUUUUGUUAGUACCAACAUUAACCCCACCAUUUUUCGGGAAAUUGUCGUCUAACCUUCUAUCCCAUAGAAGAUGCGGACAGCUCCGCUCACAGAAGAAGAUUGUAACAUCGAUAAGACUGUGAAAGCAUCUUUGUUGAAAUCUUAGUGAAGGUUGGACCAGUGCAACAAUUAUGACGCGGACAAAUAGGAAGAGACGUCACAAUAUAGAGGAAGAAUCUAGCGAGUUUAUGCCAUUGAGCAAAAGAAUCAACAACCUUCAUAUCAAUGGUUUGUCUGGUCUGCGAGAGAAUAUGGUGGAAAGUAUGGAAACUGAUUGGGAAAGUGGAAAUUUUAUUUCGUCUCCGAGCUGUUCAGAGGUGUCUCAAAAUUCACCGCCAGGAGGCAGUUGUGGUUCCAGCCAAAGCAAUUUUACUAGUGAUUACAGACCAGAUUUAGAUGCGACAGAGAAUCCUUUUUAUUAUGAAAGCAACAAACUGCUCUUUUCCUUAUACAUGGAACGUAUGCAGAGGCGACCAGAUUUGUAUUAAUUAAACUAAUGUGUAUGUUCCGUUAUGUCCUAUUUCAUGUACGCCACUCAAGUAUUUCAACGAGAUUUAACCAAGUCUCGUUCCUUUCCUGUCACUCUACAAUGUGACUUGUAUUUGACAGUUUUCAAUUUCCCAUUCUUCAGUUGACAUUCGGAUAACGAGUAAAGAGCAUUGUGGAAAUAAAAUUGGUAUAUAAAACUUUUGUAAGAAACCAUAGAUGUAAAAUGGAAUAAUGUCCAAUUGUUAAAAAUGUAAGCAUGCUUUAUUAAAAGCUGCAUAAGUGCAUAAAAUUCUAUGUAAGUGAGAGUAUAUGAAUUAUUGACACAUAGAUUUUUCAAAUAAUAACUUUUAUUUCAUUUA